AAUAAUGAAGUAUGAUAAAUCAAGCAGGAUGGGAACCAUGAGGCCAGUCGGGCGGCAAACACAACAGGUGCUGUGGGUGACGACACAACAACAGCUGAUUUACUCCACGUGUGGACGCUCCUGACUACUACACCAUGUUUUGGGGUUUGACACUCGAGCCAGGUAAACGCUACACGAAAACUGUGGACAACCCUUUCCACAUAUCAGCUGCAGUCCUAGAUACUUCAGCCUGCGAUGAUGAUGUUGUCAGGGUUAUAGUGGAAGUUGAUGACAGUGAAACUGAGACUAUCAUUGCCAACCUAAGCCUGAAACAUGGCAUCCUCCAGUCCCAGCUUGAUCUUCAGUUUGAGUCUGGAAGCCAUGUUGCAUUUUAUACCCAGGGAGGUGCAUCCUCUGUUCAUUUGUCAGGAUACAACGUAUUUGAUGUUGAAGAAGCUGUUGAAGAGGAAGAAGAGGAAAGCUCUGAUGAAGAAACCCCUGUUCUCAUAGCUAAGGAGACAGCCAAGAGGAAGACAGAUGAUACAGGUGCAUCAACAUCAAAGAAAGCUAAACUGACUGAGUGGGACACCCCAAAAAAUAGCAUGAAGAAAAUGCAUAAAAAAAUAGAUGAUGUUCAGUUGGAUGAACUAAAUGAUGAAGACAGUGGGGAGGAGGAGGAAGACAGUGAGGAGGAGGAAGACACUGAUGAGGAUGAAGACACUGAUGAGGAUGAAGACAGUGACGACGACGAAGCUGAGGAAGUAGUAGUUAAAAGUGCAGUCACUUCAGCGAAGACAGAAAAUCUUUCAAAGCAGACAAACAUUUUCAAGGAAUCAAAAGCUGCAGAGCCUAAUUCUGUUUUAUCCAAAACUCCAAAAUCAGAACAGAACAUCAAAAAGGAAAAAACUCCAAAGCAGGAAUUAAAGACUCCAAACAAACAAAAAGGAAAGCCUGCAACUCCUGAGAAGACUCCAGUGACUUCAGACAAAGCUGUACCCAAAAACAAAACGCCUAAGCAAGAUGUGAAUGCAAUAAAUGGGAAAACUCCGAAGUCAGAAAAAGCUGCCAAAAAUGCAGAUAAAUUAAAAAACACUCCAGUGAUCCCACAACUAAUCAAAAAAUCUCCAAAGGUAGUCAAGUCAGGUGGAGUGACAUGUGAAGAUAUUGUCGUUGGCAAUGGACCUGAAGCCAAGCGUGGAAACAUGAUAUCGGUAUACUAUGAAGGACGACUAAUGAGCAACAAAAAGAUGUUUGACAAAUGUGACAGUGGUAAAGGCUUUAAGUUCCGACUAGGCAUGGGUGAAGUUAUCAGUGGCUGGGAUGUUGGUGUUUCUGGCAUGAAGGUUGGAGGCAAGAGAAGAAUUAUCUGCCCACCACAAAUGGCAUAUGGCAAGAAAGGAGCUCCUCCAAAUAUUCCACCUCAAUCUACAUUGAUGUUCAUGGUUGAAUUAAAGGGUAUAAAUUAAUUUUGUAUUGUUUAUGAAGGGGAAUGUUUAGCUCUUGCAGUUGGAAGCCUUAGUGGAUUGUAUUUAGAUUGAAUGUCAGUAGGUUUUAAGGUUACAGAUUCAUUAGAUUACUGUGAAAGGGACAGUUAAUUUUAAUGUGAAUUAAAAUAAAGAUCUUUUUUAUCCUAUAUAAAAGUAAUCUGCAUCAAAGACAUGGCAGUUACAAAACAAGUGUGGAUAGGUGUAUUAAAUAUUCAAAUGUUUUCUCGUUGAAAAAUUAAACAAAUUUAAUAUCGUAGCAAGUUUUUUGACACAUACUGUUGCUAUAAUUUUGAAUGUAUGCAAUAAUACUGUCCUAAUGAGUGAUAUGUUGUUUUAAUUUAGGAAUUAUAGCUUCCCUCACUUGUUAAAAUAUUGAUGGAAUAUAAUAAAAACGUUUUUAAUAAAA